GUGGAAGUCUGGAUCAACAGACAAGUUUCAAGCUAGCACCAGCUAGUCGGCUAUCGGCAACUGACCGAACAAGAGGAGCUUUUGCCAUUCGUUAGCACUGCUCCGUUAUUUUACCCUUGGCUCCCCGAUGUCCCGGGUUGUACCGGUCCAGCGCGGUUCUGUCCCGCGUGUGUGUUGCAGGGUGAUUCAUCAUGGCGGAGCAGCCUCUGUGGGAGCAGAUAGGAUCCAGCUUCGUGCAGCACUACUACCAGAUGUUUGACUCGGACAGAUCACAGCUCGGAUCGAUAUAUAUCGAUACGUCAUGCCUUACCUGGGAAGGACAGCCCUACCAGGGAAAAAUAGCAAUUGUCGAGAAGCUCGCUAGUCUCCCCUUCACAAAAAUAGCGCAUAGUAUAACAGCGCAGGACCACCAGCCGACUCCAGACAACUGUAUCUUGAGUAUGGUCGUAGGACAGCUAAAAGCAGAUGAAGACCCCAUCAUGGGUUUCCAUCAGAGUUUCAUCCUGAAGAACAUUAACGAUGCUUGGGUGUGCACCAAUGACAUGUUCAGGCUGGCCAUCCACAACUUUGGUUAAGCCGCUCGUCCGCGCCGGCGGGCAGGGGCGGCCGCAGCGAAGGGUCGCUGUGAGACGACGCGCUGGAGGGAGGCGGUGACGAGGCGCUCCUCCCUCUCGCCGUCUCAUUUAGGCCCGCUUGACAAACGGGCAAACGGCGGAUUCUAGAUGUCAAUCACCGAACCCAGUCCAGGUGGGUUUCUUUUCCUCCGACCAGCCCAGCAAAGUGGACCUGCGACUCGUCUCUUCGCUGAGAGCCGGCCGACCAAUCAGACGCCCCUGUCUGCCCGCUCCGCUGAUCUGCAUGACGCUGGGGGAUCCUCGGCACAUCAUCUACACUCAAGCCACCAGAAGGACAAACAUCCGGUCGACUCAUGCCCCGUUCUGCUCUGAUUCUAACCCGCUCUGCUCUGCUGUUGGCCCGGUUCUGUUAGCACUGCUGUUGACUGGUCUGUAGAUCCGUGUUCCGGUUCAGACUCACUGUGUUGUCAUUGGUUUUAAGACGCCUCUCAUGUGUUUACCUUAGCUCUUCUUAGCGUGCUGAGUUUAGUUUUUUUCCUUUUCUUUUCUUUUUUUUUUGCCCGUCUAAGCAUGGCUCAUGCUCUGAUGCCAGGUUUCGCUGUUGCAAACCAAAGGAUGUUGGAGAACAAAUGUUCACCUUAGUUUCUUUCUUCCUUUCUUUCACACACAUCUGGCAGUUAACAAGGACUACAGCCACGAUACACAAUAAAACCUGGACGUUUUUCUUAA